CGCCACGUCCUCAGGAAAGGGUGGAGGAGGUUGCUGAGGGAAGAUGAGGACACAAGGAGGGAAGGAGGACCGUACCAAUCUCAUCGUCAUGACAACCAACCCCGACCACAACUACGGAAGCAUCAAUGAGAAUCCUCCAGGGCCCCCGAGGGACCGAAAUGUCUUCAGCGAUGGAAAGACUCGAAUCGAUUUCGUGUUGGUGUGGGAGAGUCGCUCGGACCAGAAGGACGAGGAGGGCGGAGCCAACGAGUCCCACAGGAAGUGGAGGGAGGCCUUCCUGUCCAAGCUGCGAGGUGCCGGCAUUCUGCAGGAACUGGUGGAGGUUCAUCAGGCCAAGAGGAACAUCUGCUUUGUUCUCCUCAGCGCUCCGUGGAACGUCCUGUGUUACUACGCCGAGGAGAUCAGCCUCAGAGUCCCACUGCAGGUGGUCAACUCACCAAACACCAACUGGUCGGAGCAGCUUCUGCAGAAACUGUCCAUCCCCAACCCGCUGGCCCAGGACGUCCCCAACCCCCCGGCCGACUACUACACCUGCCAGUUCAGGAACACCAAGCUGGAGAGGUUCCUGGGCAGCAACGACAGAGACACUUUCUUCAAAACCACUCAGAGACACCAGGUGCUGUAUGAGAUCCUGGCCAGGACGCCGUACGGCUCCGUGAGCAGAGGCGAGGUGGGGAUCGACCGCCUGCUGACCGAGAGCGUCUUUACUGCUGCCUACCCGCUGCAUGAGGGUCCGUUCCAGCUGCCCGUCUCCCCCUCCUGUCCCCAGUCUCUGUCUGUCCGACAGAUCCUGUAUGGGUACUGGGCUCAGUGGUCCUGCUGGAGGCGCUACCAGCCUCUGGACCACAUCAGAGAAUACUACGGCGAGAAGAUCGCGCUGUACUUCGCCUGGCUGGGUUUCUAUACUGGCUGGUUGUUACCAUCCUCUGUCGUCGGGACGGUGAUUUUCCUGUUUGGAUUCUGGCUCGUUGCCACUGAUGUACCAGCCAGCGAGCUGUGUGACAGUGGAGGAACCUUCACCAUGUGUCCUCUCUGUAACAUCUGCUCACACUGGAACCUGUCCAGCAUCUGUAUCAUCUACAAGGCAGGCUUGCUGUUUGAUAAUGGAGGGACGGUGUUCUUCAGUGUGUUCAUGUCUCUGUGGGCCGUCACCUUCCUGGAGUACUGGAAGAGGACGUGCUCGGCGCUCGCUCACCGCUGGGACUGCUCCGAGUUCGAGGAGAUCGAGGAGCGUCCUCGGCCAGAGUUCACCGCCAUGGCACCGAUGACCAUGAGGAACCCGGUGACCGGCGCUGAGGAACCCUACUUCCCCGAGAAGCAAAGGUUCAGCAGGAUCCUGACCGGCUGCAUGGUCAUCAUCGUCAUGGUUGCCGUGGUGCUGAUUUUCGUCAUCGCCGUCAUCCUGUACCGCUCCAUCCUCAGCAUCGUCAUCUACAAGACGGCCGAGCACGACUUCUUCAUGUUCUCUGCUGGGCAGAUUGCCAGUCUCACCGGCUCCAUGUUGAACCUGCUGGUCAUCCUCAUGCUGUCCCGGGUUUACAUCUCUCUGGCUCACAUGCUGACCCGCUGGGAAAUGCAUCGGACGCAGACGAAAUAUGAAGACAUGUUCAUCCUCAAAGUCUUCAUCUUCCAGUUUGUCAACUUCUACUCGUCUCCGGUCUACGUCGCCUUCUUCAAGGGCAGGUUUGUCGGUUACCCGGGAAACUACAACAGCCUGUUUGGAAUACGCAACGAAGACUGUGGCUCAGGCGGCUGUCUGAUUGAACUGGCCCAGGAGCUGCUGAUCAUCAUGGUGGGGAAACAGCUGAUAAACAACGCGCAGGAAUUUGUCCUCCCGAAGCUGAAGACCUGGUGGCAGAAGAGGAAGCUGCGUCCACAGCCACAGAAGGGGGAGGAGUCAGGGGAGGAGUCAGGGGAGUUGGGGGAGGCGGGGCAGCUGCCGGGGGAGGCGGGGCUUCCCCCCUGGGAGGCGGACCACCAGCUGCUGGUGUGUGAGGGGCUGUUCAGCGAGUACCUGGAGAUGGUCCUUCAGUUCGGCUUCAUAACGAUCUUCGUGGCGGCGUGUCCGCUCGCCCCGCUCUUCGCUCUCAUCAACAACUGGGUGGAGAUCCGCCUGGACGCCCACAAGUUUGUGACGGAGUACCGCCGCCCGGUGGUGGAGCGGGGGCAGGACAUCGGCAUCUGGCUGCCCAUCCUGCAGUUCAUCUCUCACAUCGCCGUCCUCAGCAACGCCCUCCUCAUAGCGUUCACCUCGGCCUUCGUGCCGCGGCUCUACUACAGCUACACGGCCGACGGCUCCAUGAGCGGCUACAUCAACUUCACCCUCAGCACCUCGCCACGCGACUACAACCAGCAACACACACCCUGCAGGUAUCGCGGCCACAGAGAUGAAAAUGGACGUUUACUGCCAGAGUACUUUCACCUGCUCGCCAUACGACUCGCCUUUGUCUUCAUUUUUGAGCACGUGGUCUUCUUCAUCGGCCGUCUGAUCGACAUGAUGGUGCCCGACGUGCCGGAGGAGGUGGAGAUUAAAGUGAAGAGGGAACACUACAUGGCUAAACAGGCUCUGGCUGAGAACCAGUCUUUAGGGAAAACGGGAAUUCCGGAGGAGGGGCAGGAAACUACCAGUCAACUGCGACAUCGCAGGUCCAGACCGUCGCCGCCGCUCAGCGAGUCCCCGCCCCCUCUGCUGCAGAACAUCCCAGAGGAACCGCCCUUGGCAGACAGCAGCUGACAGAACCUUCCGGAUGCCUGCCUCCAACAUGGCUGCUGGUCGUGUGUGUGACUCCUGCUUUUCACAGCAUCAGACUGACGAGACUCGUUAACCUGCACACACACCAACACACUGAUGGAAAUAAUGUUCUCACCAGUGUGUGUGUGUGUGUGUGUGUGUGCAGUUUAACCAUGGAACGUGUCACGAUACGAAACCUCUGAAGAUCUGAAAGCCACCAAGAUCACCAAUGUCUAUCACAGCUGUUGUUCAGGGUGAGGUCCUGGGACCCCCUGGGGUCCCUGAGGGUCUUCUGGGGUCGUACCUUCAGGUGCACAUGAUCCAGCUCAGCGGCUCGACUCUGCCCUCACCUUCACAUUACCCUCCUCCUCCUCCACACACACACAGUUUGAACUGGAGGCUUCACUCAUGACAAGCAUAAUUUCAAACCCUCUGAAACCAGAUUCACUGGAUUUGUUCUGGUUUCAGAGGAAAAGAAGUUCAGGGGAAAAAAGUUUAUGAGCGAAUUAGCAAAAUACAACCUGACAAUGAAGAAGAAAUGAUUCAAACUGUUAGAAAUACAGUCAGGCCUACAAUAACAUUACAAAAAAAAAAUCCACUAAAGUUUUCCAAUUCAUUUCCAGAGAAUUAGACACAAAAAGUUGAAAAUCAACAAA